AUGGGUAAUAUCGAAUCGACUCGGCCAGAGGACAAGCAAAAGUCACCAUCCAUAAAGACAGGAAAACGAAAAAAGUCAAGAUCGUCUUCUGCAAAUCGCAAGGCGGCUAGAAACUCGACAGAUAUGGCCUACCACACGUAUCCCGUAACGCAAGAUUAUCGCAUCAGCCGGAAGGUCCUUGGCGUGGGAAUUAACGGAAAAGUUGUCGAAUGUGAACACCGCGUUACUGGAGAGAAGUUUGCUCUCAAGGUUCUUCGCGAUAUACCGAAAGCACGAAGGGAGGUCAAUUUACAUUACAUAGCAAGUGGGCAUCCAAAUAUUGUGGAGAUAGUUGACGUCUACGAGAACUCCUAUAAUGAUGUGCAAUGUUUGCUCGUUGUCAUGGAAAGCAUGCGUGGUGGCGAGCUUUUUAAUCGGAUCCAGGAACGUGGACAACAGGCGUUUACCGAAAGAGAAGCUGCAGGGAUCAUGUACGAGAUUUGUUCUGCCGUUGCUCAUCUCCACAGAAUGAAUAUUGCUCAUCGCGAUAUCAAACCGGAAAACUUGCUCUAUGAAGAUAAUACACCUAAUGCACGAUUGAAGCUCACCGAUUUUGGAUUUGCAAAACGAACCGAUGAAUCAGAACCACUUGGUCUUGCCACUGCGUGCUACACACCGUACUACUGUGCUCCUGAAGUGCUGGGCGCUGAGAAAUAUGAUAAGUCGUGCGAUCUCUGGUCCGUAGGCGUCGUUAUGUAUAUAUUAUUGUGUGGAUAUCCCCCCUUCUUCUCUCAAAAUGGGCUCCCUAUGUCGCCAGGAAUGAAAGCAAAGAUAAAAUCAGGGCAGUACACCUUCCCCUCACCCGAAUGGGAUUGCGUCUCUGAAGCCGCCAAAGAUCUUAUCAAGAAAUUGCUGAAAACAGAUGCAGCUGAGCGAAUUACGAUAGAACAGACGAUGCAGCACAAGUGGAUUACUCACUUUAAAAAGGUGCCGGAUACACCUCUGUUCACUAGCAGCGUCUUAGUUGAUCAAAAGGCACAGUGGGGAGAAAUGCAGGACGAAAUGGAGAAGACAUUGGCAUCGAUGCGUGUUGGAAACGAAAGCAUGCAGAUUAAAAGCCUCGCAGAAUCAAAUAACAAGCUUUUGAUGAAGCGAAAGCAACGAACGGAGGAAGGAAUACCAGAAGCC